AAAAAGGCUUUCUGAGGACGGGGGCUGGCGAGGUUCAGGCUGGAACAUUUCGCGUCUGAGGAAACUAGUUGCGGGCAGCGAGGACACACCUCGGAGAUAUCACGGGUUCGGUUCCUGACCACCACAAUAAAGCAAAUUUUGCAAUCAAGUACCGGUGACCAUGAGAUCUCUGCGGCUGCUUAGAACCCCCUUCCUCUGGGGUCUGCUCUGGGCCUUUUGUGCCCCGGGUACCAGGGCCGAGGAGCCCAGGGUCGGCUCUUCCCAUCCCGGCAGCGUGGGCCUGGACAAGAACACAGUGCACGACCAAGAGCACAUCAUGGAACAUCUAGAAGGCAUCAUCAACAAACCAGAGGCACAGAUGUCCCCACAAGAACUGCAGCUCCAUUAUUUCAAAAUGCAUGACUAUGACGGCAAUAAUUUGCUUGAUGGCCUAGAACUCUCCACAGCCAUCACUCAUGUCCAUAAAGAGGGAGGGGAAGAACAAGCACCACAAAUGAGCGAAGAGGACCUGAUUAACUUAAUAGAUGGUGUUUUGAGAGAUGAUGACAAGAACAAUGACGGAUACAUUGACUAUGCGGAAUUUGCAAAGUCACUGCAGUAGACGUCUGACCAUCUCCUAGUCACGAUGCAAAUGUGAUCCAUUGUAAUGUGAUUGGACACUUUCGAUAACACAGAAUAACUCAUUUCCAAUACUGCUGAAGUAUUUUGGUAAAAACAUGUAGCAAAUGUUACACUGGUGUGAGAAAGAGAAGUCGAGAGAAAUAAAAGAGAAGCAAAAUGGGACACAGUGUAGUCCCCAAGUACUGUUCAGUCUCCUGUCGGACAGGGCUCAAUUAAAGAAUCUUUUUAAGAAUAUUGGAUAAUUGGAUAAUUGGAGCUGAGUACUCAGGAACAUGACUAUAGAAUAUUGCUGGUCUCUUGGUUUUAAUUCAUGUUGCCUGAGAAGUAAGACAGGCUUUGCCAAGUGGACACGCUUUUUAGUAACAGCAAAGGAAUGGAAUUACUGCCAAAUGUUUCCCUCUGUGGGUCCUGUCUUUUCAGGUAAAUGUGGUCAGUAUUCUGUAGAGUUCCCCAGGCUUAAAUGAUUACUUGCUUUGGGCGAGUGAAUAUUGAUUAAGGUAUUUCAAAUUCACAGCAUAACACAGACGUCAGCUAUUGAGUUCAGCUCGCCACUGAAUGUGUGUCUUCCGGCACUCUGGAUGUGAUACAUCACUGACCUAAGUGAUUGCCUCUUCAGUCUUUCAAUAUUUAUCAAACUACUGCCAUAUUCUCAUACUUUAUUUCUUUUAUGUCUUCUUCAACCUGGGAGAGACCUUGAAUUUAAAAGCAUUCUCUAAUCCAUAGCAAUGUUUUUAGCUUUCUUAAUAUUUGUAUUUAAUUCUGUUUUUAGGGGUUUUUUUUUUGGGUUUUUUUUUUGCAGUUUAGAAACUUAGGAAUUACCAGGGUUUAUCCCUUCUGCUCGAUGCAAUGGGGGUAAAACCUACCAGCCACUGCCCUAGCUCACCUGGAAACUGAAAAGAUCAUUCACCAAGCACAGUGAUUAACCUGAGUCAAGUGCUAAUUAGAGGGAGUAUUGUGCAAAUGACCUCUUCUAACCUAAAUAUGUGAAUUCUUUCAGAUUGGAAAAGAUUAUAGAAAAGAAGCCUAAAAAGUCUUUAACAGUGUGAAAUCUCAGUAAUAGUUUAGAAUAACAAGGAGCAGCAAACUGUUACUUGGUUUAUUGGAUGUGAUAGACAUACUAUGGUAGAAAAUCUUGAAAUGAUGAUUGAAUGGAGAAAAGAACUGCAUAAAAUUUGUAUGAUGUAUAGAGAUUUAUUUUAUUAAAGUAUUCUUAUAAGAAAACAUAUGUAUUUGUAAAAAUGGUUUCCUGUGUCAAGUAUUUGUUCAUUUAGAACUGAAUUAUAAACUAUUCUUGUAAAAUCUAGUUAUUUUGAAAGAUUUAUAUAAUGAAUUCUGGAUAUAUGACCAAUAAAACUGAUGAAACAAGGUAAA